AGCUUCUCAGUUUAUUCCUCAUGGCAAAGAGAUGGGUUUCUUCAUUUCUUUUCCUAAGCAUUUUCCUAGCCAUGGUUGUCUCUCACUCAGCAGAUGGACCGCUUCCUGCUCUUUUCAUACUAGGGGACUCAACAGCUGAUGUUGGAACCAACACUCUCUUGCCUCAGAGCGUAGUGAGGGCUGACUUACCUUUCAAUGGCAUUGAUUUUCCACACUCAAGACCAACUGGGAGGUUCAGCAAUGGCUUCAAUACUGCUGAUUUUCUUGCCAAGCAUAUAGGUUACCGAAGAAGUCCACCACCCUUUCUUUCUAUCCUAAGCCACUCAUCUUCUCUCAGUAAGAAGUUCCUCAGAGGGGUAAACUUUGCAUCAGGAGGAUCAGGAAUCCUCGACACAACAGGACAAACACUGGGAAUCAUCACUUUGGGAGCGCAAAUCCAGCAGUUUACCACAGUCCACAGUAAUCUUACCGCUGCAAUAGGUCUAGAAGAAACAGUGAAGUUUCUCUCCAAAUCUUUGUUUGUCAUCAGCACUGGAAGCAAUGAUAUUAUUAACUAUUUCCAAUCUAAUAAUCGUACUUUACCCAAGGAAGAGUUCAUACAAAAUCUAGGAUAUGCGUAUGAGAACCACUUAACGACUUUAUUCGAUCUUGGGGCAAGGAAGUUUGGAAUUUUAAGUGUCCCACCAAUUGGGUGCUGUCCAUCUCUAAGAACUUUGGAUCCCUCUUAUGGUUGUCUGGACGAAAUCAAUGAAUAUGCUACAUUUUUCUAUACAACGAUCCAAGCCCUAAUGCAAAGGCUCAGCUCAGAAUAUCAAGGAAUGAAGUACUCGCUUGGAAAUGCAUAUGACAUGGCAAUGUAUGUUGUCAACAACCCCGUUGCAUUCAAUUUUACAGAUGUGAAAAGCGCUUGUUGUGGAGGUGGGGAGUUAAAUGCACAGUCUCCUUGUGUACCAACAGCUGCUCUUUGCUCAGACCGCGAUAAGUACCUAUUCUGGGAUCUGUUCCACCCUACGAAGCAUGCUUGUAAGCUGGCAGCUUUUACCCUCUACACUGGGGCGCCAGUAUUUGUGUCGCCAAUCAACUUCUCUCAGUUGGCCAUGGAUAAUUAGCCAACAAACAGUCUUCCUCCUUUCUGAAACUGUCUCCAUUCGAAGUGUAUUCCAAUAAAUGAAACAAACAUAUGGUUAUGUGCCAGCAUAUUUUCAGUUAUGGGACUUGUAUUGCAAUGACAAAGUUGCACGUCUAGCAGCUUAAAUAAUGUUUAUGUCAGUGGCUUAUUAGCAAACACAUCCACAUUGUUAU